GCCGGUUGUUCAAUGCAUGAUUAACAUUACCAUCAACCGGGGGUUGGUUAAUCGUCUGGUAGCUUGAAUUGACAGUUUCGUUUGCCCCAAAUUCUAAUUAGCUGACGUCGGGUUAGUUUGAUCAUUGUGAAUAUUUUAGUAAAAAGUUCACAAAAUUUGCAUUGUGAAUAGUCAAAACCUACAUGUCAGCUGAGUUUUGUUUACAUUUUUAAAUUUCGUGCAUUUCGUACCGGCUGUUGUAUUUAUAUUUUUUAGUGAAAAUUUAAUUAAACUAUGGACUCUGUAAAACAAUCCAAAUAUCGGCUACCGAAUUUCACCAGCACAGAAGAGAACCUGCUGCUGUCUCUGGUUGAGCAGCAUGCAACUAUCCUCGAAAAUAAGCGGACUGAUGCUGUUUCCUGGGAAGCUCAGAAAAAAGCUUGGGAGCAAAUUGAUAGCGCCUUUGAGGCUCAGAUGGGCAUAAGAAGAGGACCUAAAAACCUGCGCGAAAAGUACGACAACAUGAAAAGAAAUACCAGGAAGAGCUUGGCGGAGGAAAGAAGGGAGAUUUACCGAACGGGUGGUGGGCAGUAUAAGCCAUGUACUGACCCCAACACCGAGAGGAUAGCGCCGCUAUUGGGUCAGUCGGCAACCGGGUUGUCAAAUGCUUAUGAUAGCGAUGUUAUUUCAUUUGAAAUUUCGCCUGCAAAGGAAGGUUUUCUGGCAGGCACUGAAACUCUAGAUGAAUCAAUGAAAGGCUACGAAGGAGAAACUGUAGUAGAGGCAACUGAGGCAGCAGAAAUUGAAGCAACUGAUUGGAGUUCAUGGAACCCAACUCUUCUUCGAAAGAAAAAAAAAUGAAAAAUUAGCAGCAAAAGGCGAGAAGAAUGUCAAUUUAGAUUCACAACAAAUUUUUUGGUAGGAUGAAAACAGGAGAGCAAGCGAGAGACAUGAGUGGUCGAGAAAAAAGCACGCUCUGGAAUUGAAAGAAGUAGAAAUGAAGUUAGAACUUCUUGAAUUAGAUAUAGAAUUUAAGAAGAAAAAAUAAUGUGAUCUUAGCUUUAUAUGCUAACGUUAUACAUAUAAACAUAUCGAUAUGUGUAUGCAUG